CUGAAACGCCAGUCUGCAGUGCGACGUGAUCGCGCGUCGGAGACGACCGAUCUGAGUGAAUAAUAACAUCACCUCCAAAGUGUCAGCAGUUUUUUUCAUACCUAAUUAUGAUCUCGUUACAUUUUCCGUCCAGUGGUGAGACAGAAAGUAUACCAUCCAGGAAGUUUUUUCAAUGAAAAAUCAAUUUCUCGGGCUCAACAAAGUAUUGUAAAUCUCAAACUCGGACUACGACCCGGAAACGCGAACACUGUGAUAAAAAUAAAUUCAAACCGUCAGCAUGAAAUAAUAAUGCAUUUAUCGCAGUUGGAAAAAUCAAGUUUGAAUUUAUUACUUACCAUUCAAAUCCAAAGAAAACUGGAAGAUCGAAUACUAAUUUUAAUUUAUGAAAAUGAUAGUUUUACAUUUCAAUAAUAUUGUUAAAUUUAAUUUUAUCUGCUCUCUACUAGUUAGAAUAAAUAUUUGUACUUAUAAGUUUCAUAAGAGUUAAAAACUUUGGAAUUCAAAUAAAAUGUUUUGUCGGCCAUAUCUUAAAACCAUACAUAUUCGUAUCAUAUGUGUACUAAUUAUAUCUCUAUUGUUUUUAUAUAAUAUUUAUUUUUUUAGUAGUAUUAGUGAAUACUUAAGUGCAUCCCAAAAACCAUUAAUUUCUUGUUACUUCGAGGAUAAACUCCCUAAUUCUUUACUUGAAUUAAAUCCACUCGAGGUAGACAGAAACAGUAUUUUUUUCAUUGAAACAUCGUGUAAACAUAAAAAUGGGAUCAAUUUAAACUUAAGGCAAGGCUGUGCUAUAGAGUCUGCUGCUAAAUUAAAUCCAAAUUUAAAAGUAUUUGUUUUAUUUGUUUCUCCUACUUUUAUAAACAAUAAAUCAGAUGUAAUUAAACGAUUGGAUAUGUAUUCAAAUGUAAAUUUUAGACAUAUAAAUUUUGUGAAUUAUUCCUUAAAAACUCCAUUACAAGACUUUGUAACUUCGAACACCAUAUUCACUAGUCAUUGGCCAGUUUCUCAUACAAGUGAUUUGCUGAGGUUUCUGACAUUAUGGAAAUUCGGAGGAACUUAUAUGGAUUUAGAUGUAGUUCUAAUGAAGUCUUUAGAAGGCAUCACGAAUUUCGCCAGUGUCGAAUCAAAUACAUCAGUUGCAUCAUUAAUCUUAAAUUUUGGUUAUGAUGACAUUGGAAAAACUAUUGCUAACAUUGCAGUUAAUGAUUUUGCUAAAAAUUAUCAAGGUAAUAAUUGGGGAUAUAAUGGUCCUGGUGUUAUUACCAGAGCACUCAUGAAAAUCUGCAAUACAA